CGAAAGGUUUCCCACAUGACAAGAAGUCGAGAAGCCCGCAAACCAGUUGAACCUCCGAUCCUCCACUGAGAAUUCACGUAAUGUUUUAGUGUGGGUUUCCAUUUGUCCCUCAGUAUGGCUUGUCCCGUGAAACCCCUUCAGUUACACUUUAUCCUUUUAUUUGCACUAUGGGACGUGUGUAGUAUGAUCAACUCUGGGAUGCUUUUCCCUCGGGAGUCCUCAUCACGGGAGAUAAAGGAGCUGAACGGACUAUGGAGCUUCAGAGCCGAUCUUUCGCCCAAUAGGAAUCUGGGCUUUGAGCAAGCUUGGUAUAAACGCCGCCUUGCAGAGACUGGCCCAGUGUUGGACAUGCCAGUUCCUGCCAGCUAUAACGACAUCACUCAGGACCCCAAGCUGAGAGAUUUCAUUGGCUGGGUGUGGUAUGACCGAGAGGUUGUGGUACCCUCCCGCUGGGUGGCGGAUAAGAACAUCAGGGUCGUGCUCCGUGUCGGAAGUGCACACUAUUACUCCGUGGUGUGGGUGAACGGCGUGAAGGUGACCGAGCACGACGGCGGCCAUCUUCCCUUCGAGGCGGAGAUCGGUGGCGUUCUCCGCGGGGAUCCCACCGCGCCGUACCGGAUCACCAUCGCCGUCAACAACACGCUGACGCUGCAGACCCUCCCCCCAGGAAACGUCCAGUACCUGAACGACCCCACCAGGUACCCUAAGGGCUACUUCGUGCAGAACACAUACUUUGACUUCUUCAACUACGCUGGCAUCCACCGCUCGGUGCUGCUGUACACCACCCCUCAGACCUACGUCAACGACAUCACCGUGGUGACGGAUUUCGCCGACGGCAUCGGCGCCAUCGCCUACGACGUGGCCGUGUCCGGCUCCGCCUCCUCCAACGCCAGCCUGAAGGUCACGCUGACGGACGGGGAGGGGCGCUGCGUGGCCACCGCCACGGGGCCCAAAGGCGUGCUGAAGGUGGUGGACGCCACGCUGUGGUGGCCCUACCUGAUGCACGAGACGCCCGGCUUCCUCUACAACAUGGAGGUUUGCCUGCAGGUGGCUGGCGCCAGAGGAGAAGUGCUGGAGGACCGGUACACCCUGCCGGUGGGGAUCCGCACGGUGAAAGUCACCAGCACGCAGUUCCUCAUCAACAACAAGCCCUUCUACUUCCACGGCGUCAACAAGCACGAGGACUCUGACAUCCGCGGUAAAGGCUUCGACUGGCCGCUGGUGGUGAAGGACUUCAACCUGAUGAAGUGGCUGGGCGCCAACUCGUUCCGCACCUCCCACUACCCCUACGACGAGGAGAUCCUUCACAUGUGCGACCGCCACGGCAUCGUGGUCAUCGACGAGAGCCCCGGCGUGGGCAUCAGGGACAUUCGUAGCUUUGGCAACGCCUCGCUGGCCCACCACCUGGAUGUGAUGGGGGAGCUGGUGACGCGCGACAAGAACCACCCCUCCGUGGUCAUGUGGUCCGUGGCCAACGAGCCGGCGUCCGAGAUGCCCCCUGCCGGCCUCUACUUUGAGACGGUGAUCGCUCACACCAAGGCCCUGGAUCCCACCCGACCGGUCACCUACGUUACCAACAGCAACUACGCCCGGGACAAAGGGGCCCCCUUUGUGGACGUCAUCUGCGUGAACAGCUACCUGUCCUGGUACCACGACCCAGGCGCGCUGGACGUCAUCUCCCUGCAGCUCAACACGCAGUUCGAGGAGUGGUACGGAAAGUACAAGAAGCCCAUCAUCCAGAGUGAAUACGGAGCCGACGUGGUCCCGGGACUCCACAGUGACCCCCCCGUGAUGUUCAGUGAGGAGUACCAGGUCAUGGUCCUGCGGAGCUACCACGAGGUCUUCGACCAGAAACGCAAGCAGUACGUCAUCGGGGAGCUCAUCUGGAACUUUGCAGACUUCAUGACAGCACAAGGGGUGACCCGUGUGGUGGGCAACAAGAAGGGCAUCUUCACCCGGCAGAGGCAGCCCAAAGCGGGGGCCUACACCCUGAGGGAGAGGUACUGGAGGAUAGCCAACGAAACGGGCCUGCUCCCUCCCUGGACCAAGUACCCCUGUUCACAGCCGCGGUCCCCCUAGCGCCAGGCUUUGAUUCCUGGGGUGCGUUACUAGGCGGGCGGCGGCGGCCAUAUUGUUUCAGUUGAGGAGCCUUCGGGAACCACUUUUAAUACAUCUGUACCGUUUCAAUCAAGUCUGGAAACUCAAUGUUUGUGUUGAUUCAAGGUUUCGUAACAUUUUCUACACUUUCAUUUUUUUGCUGGACAAUCAAUGUUUUUAAGAACAUUUUAUGUCGGAUGAUUGUGGUCCUCUAAAUACGUGAUAGUAUAUGGCCACAAUGUUGUGAACCGUAUGCUUUAGUUAGUCACUUUUCCACACUCGCACACUAAAAAUACCCUGUGGUGACUGUAAUGCUAUUAAUAGCCAAAGGGAUGGACAAAGGCAUGCUACACUAAGGUAGGAGUUAGGUUACGAAUGUAGAAUUUCUGUGUGGGGGGGAUCAAUCCUUUUUAUUGGUCAGAAUUUUAUCGGGCAUUCCCAGACAUCUAUUUUAUCAAAGAUGUAUUUUUCUAUUAUUCCAUAUUGCUGUAUAUUGUUAGAUUCAUAACAAAGAGUGCCUUUUUAUUUUGUGUUCCAAUUGACUAAAUCUAACUCAGCUGUCGUCACUUUGGUUUGGUUCAGUGACCUUUGACCUCAGGUGAAUAUAUUGUGCUUUGUUCCGGUUGCUGGUUAACUUUUCAACCAACCCGAUAAAGAGAAUAAGAGCUUGUUUCCACCCAAGUGUAGAACUGCCUUCCUUCAUCUUCUCCCUGACUCGUUAAUCCCUUUAUCGUCUGUGGACAUCGCUAAAUGCAAUAAAUUAGACUUUGUUACAGCCUGAAUCGCUUUGUUUUUCAGGGAUUAAACGGGUUUCAUAUGGGUCAAAGAUGUUCUACUUGGUUGCGAGUACAGUUUAGACAACUUACGCAAUAGAUUUUGACGAAUGUCUGGCACAAAGCAUUUGUAUGUUUUUAAUAAAAAUGUGUAUAAAGUGAU